GCCUCACAGCCUUACCUCAAAUCUCGAGGUUGCGGAAGGGAUGUUGCUGGCUUCCCUCUUUAUGUUAAUUCAUACCCUUCAUCCCUCUUUUUUUCCCUCGACAAGGUCAUCUAGUCCUCGGAGACUGUAGCGCACUUCACAUCAUGACAGAUGCAGCUCGCAAAGCGCGCUCGGCAAUCUGCCACAAGUGUCGUGCUACGACCAAGAGGCUUUUCACCUGCAUUCAAUGCAACAAUCUGGCAUUCUGUGAUGAUUGCUGGUCUGAAUGGGAGCUUCACGAGCCGGGCGCUGUCGGCUGGGAUGGUAGACCGCACGAGAAAUCCAAUCCCCAGGUGGUCCAAAGACUGCGCGAGAUCCUGGAACCUACCCGCUCGGCGACAGAGCACGAAAUCGAAUUCCAAUCUGAUGAGGAUACCACAUGGUUUGGGGUUGGGCGAGACUCAUCCAACCAACCCAUAUUGCAGGAUUACGGCCGAUUCGCCACAUUAAUGAGCGACAACCUAUCCUCAGACCAUGGGAACCGUUAUCCUCAGCUGGUGUCCUUCAUUGGGCAAACAGGGGCUGGAAAAAGCACGCUGAUCAAAAUGCUGAUUGACCGGCUUGCUAUGCUUGUCCGCGGGGGGAAAUAUCCGUCUCCCGUUACCUCGUCCAACAACGACCGCCUUCCGACGACUGGCGAUGUUCACCUGUAUGCUGAUCCGAUGUCUUACAAUACCCAAGCGCCUGUGCUAUACGCAGACUGCGAGGGCUUAGAUGGUGGGGAAGCUGUGCCGGCAGGUCUGCGACAUCGCACAAAGGGAAAAGAGGAGGCUCUAGGGAUCCUCAACGAUGUCACAAAUGUCAUGGGCAAGACUGGUCUGGGCAGAUCAUCAAAACCCUCAACUGCUAGCCGCUCUUCUGGAGUAAUUGAUACAUCCUCGAAACGGAAGUUCGGAAAAUCGCGCUACGCAUCUCAGCGGGACCUCGAAUGGGCAAUUACCCCAGAAACGAAAAAGAGAGAGUACGCAGUCACACAGCUUUAUCCCAGACUUCUCUACACCUUCUCAGAUGUGGUUGUCUUUGUCCUGAGAGAUCCCAGGGCUUUCGAAUCUACCGUCCUCGACAAACUCUUGGAAUGGGGCUCGGCUUCGAUCGACAAGUCGCUGAACCAGCCCGCGCUCCCCCACGCAGUCAUUGUUCUCAAUGCAACAGACAAUGUGGAUGAUGAUGAAUGGAAUAUUGAUACCGCGACUGCCCGUCUUCUUGAUGACAUCAGCGGAGCGAUCUUUCGCGAGCCUCGAUUCGAAGAGCAGGCCAGGCUUUGGCAGGCAAUUGGCCGAACCAUCAACACUACCAAAGACUUACUCGACUGCUACUACGCUUCAAUCACCGUGAUACGAGUUCCGUCUCGUGGUCGCUACAUGCUCAUGGACGAUCAGAUGGGAAAGCUCUUUGAGCUGAUCAACAAAAAAUGCCAAGCGUCUUUACUGACCAAGAAGCGUGUUCGAAUGCUGGCAACUGCAGACAAGUUGCAGGUCUACCUCCACGCAGCUUAUGAUCACUUCUCUCGUGAUCUGGACACUCCUUUUGACUUUGUCAAAGAAGCACUGAAACACAACCCAAUUCCACAAGACUUUAGUGGCAACAUCUUGAAUUUGGCAAUUUCCAUUAGUAACAAUUCAACACAAAUUGCCCAGCAAGGCGGAGGAACUCAACAGAUCUUCGAAAAGAUGGUGCCAAUGAUAUCAUCUUGCAUUAUGCUCGACUCAGUUCGUCAAAACAUUCUAGGAACCCCUGUGAGACUUCUCGACGACGCGUACGUGGAUUUCUGCAAUGUCGCCCUCGAAGGCUAUGCGGAUAUCUAUGCGCCGUGCACCUUCUCUCAUCCCAAAUAUGGAAAGUGUUACAACGUCAAGUUUGGACACGAUCCAAAAGGUCACCAGAACAAACAUGGACGUAUCUUUGCAGCGGGCAAUUAUCAAUCAGACGUUGACAUCCAAGACUUUGCGGGUCAGUGGAUUGAUCAAAUUCGAAAUCACCUGCGUCAGCUUCAUGCCAGGUUCCAAGAAGCCACCUCACGAGUACGCGAGCAAAGCGAACAAAAGGUCGCUGCCGACCUCCAUAGGUAUCAACUCAAUGACUUUUAUUUCUCUUUGGGUAAUGCUCAUACGACAGUUGAGAUGAAAAGGUGCCCACUUCAUGAACGGGAAACAAUGUGGGAGCCUGCAUGGACGGUUGUGGUCAAACCACAAUUUGCGGGCGCUCGAGUAUUGUGUCUUGACGGUGGUGGAGUACGAGGGAUUGUAGAGCUUCACGUUCUUAGAGCCAUUGAAAGAGUGUUCGGUGAGAGACUCCCGAUACAGCUAUUUUUCGAUUUGAUUGUCGGGACGAGCACGGGAGGAAUCAUUGCUCUUGGGCUAGGAGUCAAUAAUUGGUCGGUGGAGGAAUGCAUCAAGACAUUCAAACAUCUUUGUGCAGACGCCUUCAGGCCACGGGAAUUGUCAGGCAUUCCGCUGCUUGAGAAGCUUGUCACGAUCAACCACGGAAGUAUCUACAAGACCAAGCCUUUUGAGGCUCUUCUGCGGGAGAAGUUCCAGGAUCGGCCACUCUUCGGGGGAGCUAAUGAUCAUAGCCAGAGCGAAAUGCUCACGAAAGUGGCUGUAACCUCAACAACUUCUAUCGAUCAACACUCAGUCAUUCUCACGAACUACAACCGGCCGGAUGUGAUGGAGGAUGAGCUUCCUUAUCGGCUCUUUCGAUCGAACGAGCCAAGUCAAGAGUUCAAGGCAUGGGAGGCGGCCCGAGCAACGUCCGCUGCACCUCCAUUUUUCAAAUCAUUCACGAAGGCAGACACCAAAAGCAGCUACCUCGAUGGCGCGCUCUACCAUAAUUGCCCAGUACUGGUGGCUCACCAUGAAAGACGAAUGAUAUGGCCCGACAUCGCCGACACUGUGCCUGACAUUCUCUUAUCUAUCGGUACGGGUAUGAACGGUCUUGAUUCUGAGAGCCAGACUACUCCCCAUAGAACGGAGAUAUCGAAAGGCGGCGAGACCGUGACCAAGCGCAAGAGAACGUUCUUGCCAGUACAGCUAGCUCAAAUCGCUGCCGAUCGUUUUGAUCGAAUACUCUCGUGCAACGCGAUAUGGUCCGAUUUCAAGACUGAUAUCCUGUCGCAGAACUCACAUGUGACCAGAGAUAGUCACCGCAGACAUAUCCGUGUCAACCCUGACCUGCGGUUCAAGGUCCCCCGUCUAGACGCGGUCAAUGAGCUGGAGAGUCUAGAAAGAGCGACAAAACGAUACCUCAAUAUGAACCGGGGCAAGAUCAAAGAAAUUGCACACAGGCUGGUCGCAAGCUGUUUCUUCUUCGAGAAAGAUGCGGGAUCAGUGAGACAAGUGAAAGAAGGCUUCGAGUGCACAGGCCGCAUCCACUGCAGAUUUGCCAAUUCGUCCAACGAGAUGAAGUAUAUAGGCGAAUUCCUCCGCACAUGUCUGAGAGGCGACUUCGAACCAUACUUCGUCGUAGAAGAGACAGGGACGCUGCCUGAUGAUGCUUCGAAGAUACCUGUCCUGGAAGCAAGCAUCACUGACAUGUAUCUCCGAGGCACAUUCAAGCUCAAGAGGAUUCGUGUCGUGGUCAGCAAAGAGCUAUCAACCACAAACAUAUUUCUGUGUUUGCGGACAGAGCUGUACCCACACUCCAGCAACGCAUUCCUCCCAAUCAGCGGAUUUCCUAGAGAGCUGAUGAGCGAAGACAGUCAAAGGAAGGCACAAACGCCUCGUUCAAAUAAGCUUCUGAAGAGUGUCGCUGAGCUUCGCAAGGCAAAUACGCAACGGUAUAAAAGUAUGAGGGAACGCACUGGCGCUGUGUCAGGCAUUCACGACCAUCUGCAUGACUCCAGUUCCUCCUUAAGCCUCAAGGCGCGGGUAUCGGGAGACUCGAGCCGCUCAGCUCCUAUGACCCCAAGCGACGUGGGCAAGUGGUCGGCGACGAAAGAUGAGUUGCUAAGCCCCGAGAAGUUCAUAUUUGAAUUAGAAGCAUAGCUGGUUUGUUAG